CUCCCAUCUCCCCUCCAGACCACAUACAUCCAUCAGAAAUGUCUACUCCUGCCAACAAGUCCAUCGCCAUCGUCAUCUACUCCAUGUACGGCCACAUCGCCACCAUGGCCGAGGCUGUCAAGGCCGGUAUCGAGAAGGCCGGUUCCGAGGCCGUGAUCUACCAGGUCCCCGAGACUCUCCCCCAGGAUGUUUUGACCAAGAUGCACGCUCCCGGCAAGCGCGACUACCCCCUCGCCUCCAUCGAGACCCUCGAGUCUCACUCCGCCUUCAUCUUCGGUAUCCCCACCCGUUUUGGUAACUUCCCCGCCCAGUUCAAGGCUUUCUUUGACCAGACCGGUGGUCUCUGGGCUACUGGUGCCCUCGCCGGUAAGCUCGCCGGUGUCUUCGUCUCUACUGCUUCCCCCGGAGGUGGUCAGGAGUCUACUGUCAUGAACGCCAUGUCUACCUUCGCUCACCACGGAAUGAUCUACGUUCCCCUCGGAUACUCCCGUACCUUCGCUCAGCUCACCAACCUCGAGGAGGUCCACGGUGGCUCCGCCUGGGGUGCCGGUACCUUCGCCGGUGGUGACGGUUCCCGCAUGCCUUCCGCUCUCGAGCUCGAGGUCGCUGGUAUCCAGGGUGAGUCCUUCGCCCAGUACGCUCAGCGUUUCUUCGCUUAACUACGCUCGGGCCCCCGAAUCCAAGCGAACGGCGCUGAAACCGUAGUUGCGGAGAAGAAGGAGGAGGUUGUUACGAAGAAGUUGGAUGAUUUGAACUUGGGUGAGCCGGUUCUUGUUUCGAGUGAGGGUGCUGCGUUGAGGAGUGAGCCUGUCGCUGUGGAGACUGUUGCUGAGCCGUAUGUUGUCGAGCCUGUCGUCGCUAAGGCGCCUGAGCCCGUUGCUGCUGUUCCAGCUGUCGUCCCCGCUGCUGCUCCCGCGCCUGCGCCAGUCCAGACCGAGACCCGCCCUCGUGCCGAAUCCACCGGACAGAUGAAGACUACCAUGAGGGAUACUGCACCUACUCAGGAACAGGAGAAGAAGGGCGGUGUUUGUGGACUCAAGUGCGAGGUUAUGUAAAUUGUUGAAACAAACAAAACGGAGCACGAUGGGUUUGCAUGCACUUUUUCUUACCUUUUUAUUGUUGUUUAUGGGUGUUGGGUUCUUUAUACGGUUAACGUC